AGGGCACGCGGUAUUGGCCGAGUUGUGGCUCGGCGGGAACGAGAUCGGCGACGAGGGCGCCGCUGCGCUGGCCUCCGCUCUGCGCGUCAACGGGGUGCUGACCACUCUUCGCUUGUCGGGCGACCCACGUGACAGCAGCUACGGCGGCAUCGGCCCCGAGGGUGCCAGCGCGAUCGCAGAGGCUCUUAAGGUCAACGGGAUCUUGACCAACCUCAACCUCAGCUGGACCGACAUCGGCGACGAGGGCGCCACCGCGCUGGCCUCCGCUCUUCGCGUCAACGGGGUGCUCACCGACCUCAACCUCGGCCACAACAAGUUCGGCCCCGAGGGCGCCAAGGCGAUCGGCAAGGCGCUCGCGGCCAACGCGGUGCUGAAAAAUCUCGACCUCGGCGAAAACGAGAUCGGCGACGAGGGCGCGAAGGCGAUCGGCGGCGCUCUCGCAGUCAACGAGGUAUUGACCUCCUUGGACGUGAGCUACAACAGCUUGACCGAGGAGGCGGCCCUCGGCAUCGUGCGCGUCGAGCGGCAGCGCAACAAACUCACCUCGCUGGGCUUGGGUCGCUGCAGCAUCGGCCCAACUGGCGCUGCAGAGAUCGCCGAGUACGUGUCGGGCAGCGGGGUGCUGACCAACCUCGUGCUCCCGCAAAACAACAUCGGCGCGGAGGGCGCAGCCGCGAUCGCAGAGGCGCUACGCGGCAACGGGGUGCUGAAAACCCUCAACCUCCGCUACAACAAAAUCGGCUCCGAGGGUGCUGCCGCGAUCGCCGAGGCGCUGCGCGGCAACGGGGUGCUGACCGACCUGGAUCUCUACGGCAACAACAUCCGCGACGAGGGCGCCGCUGCGAUCGCCGAGGCGCUGCGCGGCAACGGGGUGCUGACCUCCUUGGAGGUGGGCUUCAACAGCCUCACCGAGGAGUCGGCCCUCGGCAUCGUCCGUGUCGAGCGGCAGCGCAAUAAGCUCACCUCGCUGGGCUUGGGUGACUGCAGCAUUGGCCCGACUGGCGCCGCAGGGAUCGCCGAGUACGUGUCGGGCAGUGGGGUAUUGACCACCCUCAACCUCGGCCGGAACAAGAUUGGCGACGAGGGUGGCGUCGCGAUCGCCGAGGCGCUGCGCGUCAACGGGGUGCUGAAAUCCCUCAACCUCCGACUGAACGUUAUCCGCGACGAGGGGGCCGCUGCGAUCGCCGACGCGCUCGCCGUCAACGAGGUGCUGAAACACAUCGACCUCCGUUUCAACAGUUUGGGCGACGGGGGGAAGGGAGUUAUUCGAGAUGCGGCGAGCGGGCGGGUAGGGUUCGAGCUCAAGAU